GGCACGCAGAGCAGAGGGAGGAAGAAAGGGUGGGAAAGAAUGUGGGAAUCAAUAGUUUUGACGGUGGUUGCGACCGCCGGCAACAACAUCGGCAAGGUCCUUCAGAAGAAGGGCACAGUCAUUCUUCCCCCUCUCUCUUUCAAGUUCAAGGUCAUAAGGGCGUAUGCUUUAAACAAAACCUGGGUGAUAGGUUUUCUAAUGGAUAUAUUUGGGGCAUUAUUGAUGUUAAGGGCAUUAGCUCUUGCUCCUAUCUCUGUCGUCCAACCAGUUUCUGGUUGUGGACUGGCAAUUCUUUCAAUCUUUUCUCAUUUUUAUCUCAAGGAAGUCAUGAAUGCCGUUGAUUGGGUGGGAAUUUCCUUGGCCGGUUUUGGCACAAUAGGAGUUGGUGCUGGAGGUGAGGAGCAAGAGGCUGCUGCUCUAUCUAUUUUUCAUAUCCCUUGGCUGGCAUUUGUUGUUUUCAUCUUAUUUAUAAUGCUUAAUGGAUGGCUUCAUAUAUACAAACGUCAGCGAAGAGAACAAGAGAUGAUGGAAUAUGAUGUUGUUGAGGAAAUCAUUUACGGCUUGGAAUCUGGAAUUUUGUUUGGGAUGGCAUCUGUAAUAUCAAAGAUGGGGUUUAUGUUCCUGGAGCAAGGCUUCAACAAGCUGUUGGUUCCUGUGUGCAUCAUCAUUAAUGCAUGUUCGAGUGGUACAGCAUUUUACUACCAGACACGUGGGCUAAAGCAUGGUAGGGCUAUUGUAGUUUCUACUUGUGCAACCGUGGCAUCAAUUUUGACUGGUGUACUUGCUGGGAUGCUUGCUUUGGGUGAGCGACUCCCUUCAGCCCCUCAAGCUCGCUUGUUACUUCUUCUUGGAUGGAUACUUAUUAUUGUGGGCGUAAUUUUACUUGUUGGUUCAACAAGGGUUUUGAGAUUCCUUCGAUGUUCUUCACACUGCUUUAACAGAAGCAGUGUCGAUAAGAAUCAUGGCCCGAGAAGAUCUGGGGCAUCCCGUAUUAAGGAACCAAGCACAACUUCUGUCAUUCAAGCAGCGACCUUAAAUCAUUUACUACCAUCAUCUUCCAAAGAAAAAGCUUGAUUCGAUGUGAGCUGGUUGCUGUUUUACAGAGGGCAUGAAUUUUUAGGGACCAUUCCUUCUGGCUCACAUAUUUUACCUGAAAAUUUGUCAACUUUCUGAUGCCACCUUGUAUAAACUUUCCAUUCUAUUAUUUCUCUCUUGUAUAUGAUGAUGGUAUAGCAACACAUUGAAUGUUUGGCUAGCAUGGAAACAACCUGCACGCCGCAGUACAGCACAGUUUAUUCCUGAUUUCCUAUGCUAGUGCAAUAGCAAUGUUCUUUAAGAACAAGUGUGACUUUGUUACUGAUAAUCCGCAAAGGGCUGUUAUUCAUCCGCUGGAAAUUGUCACCGCGGCAAAAGAAUUGAUUGUAUCAAAAGGGCUACGAAACCUCUGUUGAAGAUAAAGAUUGUGAUAUUUUGAUCCUGAUAGGCAGAUGAAGCAGAGUUUUGUAUAGAAGAUCAGUGAUGAAAUAUGUGAUAAUUUGUAGAUGGUACAGGGCAUGAUUUUUUUUUCCCCCCGA